AUGUUGGCCUUCGGCAGCUUAAAGUCUUCGCCAGCCGCUGCCUUGGUAGUGUGCAUGGUGUUUCCGGUCAUUCAAGGGUUUUUUUACGUUCACGGUCAGCGCCUUCAACUUCGAUGGGCCAGGGAGGGGAGUCGCCAAUCUGUAGUCGUUGCGGACUCCUUGAUGCCGACCAGCGUGUACACAGACAUUCAAAUAGGGAACCUCCUUCAGUGUGUCGCGAUCUUUGCUGGCCAAAUUAUGCUUUACUGCCUCGUGCUGCAGGGAGUAUGGGAGCGCGAACACUAUGCGGAACGGGUCAUCCCAACAAGGGCAACAUCAUUCUUUCUCGCCGGCACCGUGGUUGCUUUUAUGCAGGAAAUCGUGUUCAUUAUUGAGGACAGCUGGCGGCGGGAAUGGGCAAGCUUUUGGAGUGUGUACAUCGGAAAGCCAGGCGUCAGAGCCCGGCGCUGGGCGUGGAGUCGUGUGGGUAUGUCCUUCGUGGUCAACUAUUACUUUCAGAAAACCAUGGUUUUGGUACUACCUCUGUUCUUGAUGGAAUCAAGGGAUUGCAGCGAGUUUGUGAAGGAUGCGACGUCCGUGUUGUUCAUCGCCAAGAUUGACGAUAUUAUUUUUGCCGAGAGUCAUCGCGUUCCUCUCAAGAGUCGGGAUGAAACAGAAGAGCCAGAUCUCUCCACGGUUGCUGACGCAGAAGUAGAAGCGUGA